AUGGAAAGCCCAGCAGCGGUAGCACUCGAAGAAUCCUGGCCUCUGAUCCUCCUCCAACAGAACCGACAUAAUAGCAGCAGCAGCAGCACCGAUCUCCUCGCCCGCGGCAGGACUUCCUCCGUCAGCUCUUCCAACACCGCCGCCGCCAACCCGUGCGCAGCGCUCGACGAAGCCCUCCAGAAAAUCACCACCGCCGUGGCACAUUUCCACCGCGCGGGCCCGUUCUAUCAGCAUCGCAGCGAGGCUUUUUGGAUUUUCGCGGCGGGGUGUUGGGGGAGGGGGAAGUGGGAGGCGGAAAUCAGAGGGAAGCUGGGGAGGGAGGGAGAGGAGAAGAUGGAGGUAAAGUGA